AUGGCCCACGCAGGUGAGGUUGCGUGUGUAAAGGCUUAUUUAAAAUCCGAUGGGCGCUCUGAAGACGAGAUAGAAGAAGACAAGAAUUUGUGGCACCACCAACCUUCACUUUCUGAUGACCUAACCACGCGAUUUCAUAUUAUCAAUGAUAUUGACAAAGAACAACACGAAGUUGGAGGUUCUCUGCCAGAGGACUUUCCACAUGAGAUAUAUCGUCUUACAACCAUUGACAAUGAAAUAUGCACUGUUCCUUUGAAGAACGUGUUGUACCGAGACAACUUUAUCAAGAAGGUUCGAGAGUUUUCCGAUGAAUGGUAUUCAUAG